GAAAUCACACGGCCCACUCUUUCACCAGCUAGUCGCCUCUCCGCGAGUGACGGUGGACCAUCUCCCGCAAGCCAACACUAACACCGCCAAUCCCUCCAUGCCUGGCCUCCGGACGUCACGCCGUGCAGCUCGCAAGUCGCAACUCUUUUUUUUCGCUGCUCCGCGCAACUGCGAAAAAAAAUGGUCCCUGAUAUCAUCAUCGUACUCCUCCACCAGGGUCUGAAAAAUGCGGAAGAGUGGGCCUGCCCACGCACCUCUUGUGCCACGGGGAGGCUAUAAGGGGACUGUUCUCUCCUCUUCUCCCUCCACCAGCAGCUGCUCCUCGUGAUUCUCUCCCCAGACUCCCGUCACGACCACAGCCAGCAUGGGCUUCUCAGGCUUCUCACACACCGGCUUCCUCGGAGGGAAGAUCGGAGGCAAAGCACUCCAGAUAGGCGUCUGUAUCACUGCGUCGUCUGGUUUCCUGCUCUUCGGUUAUGACCAAGGUAUCAUGUCUGGCAUUAUUACGGAACCUAUGUUUGUCGACUACUUCCCUCAAAUGGACUCGGACUUCAAGGACGGUGCCAUCCAGGCUCUCGUCGUCGCUAUCUACGAAAUCGGCUGCCUUCUCGGAUCUUUCAUCAUCAUUGGCUGGGGUGACAAGCUUGGUCGCCGCAUGUCUGUCCUCAUCGGUACUCUCAUCAUGCUUGUCGGCACUGCUAUCCAGGCUGCUUCGGUCACAAUGGGCAUGCUCAUUGUGGGACGAAUCGUAACUGGUGUAGGCAACGGCAUGAACACUUCGAGUAUUCCCGUCUGGCAGUCCGAAAUGGCACCGCCCAAGAUUCGUGGUUUCCUCGUACUGUUCGAGGGUGCUCUGAUCACUGGCGGUAUCAUGAUUUCGUAUUGGAUCAACUAUGGCUUCUGGUUCGUGACGCAGUACGGCUCCUUCCAGUGGCGCUUCCCCAUCGCGUUCCAGGCCGUAUUCGGUUUCUUCCUGAUCCUUGGUGUUUUGGCCUACCCCGAGUCGCCUCGCUGGCUGCUCAAGCACGGCAAGAGGGAGGCCGCGCUGGAAAUCAUGUCACACCUGCGCGACACCUCGAUGGACGACCAAGGAAUCCAGAAGGAGGUCCACGACAUGGAGAAGAUCAACGCCAUCACCGGCGGCAAGAAGCUCACCGUUAAGGAGUUCUUCAGCCAGGGCCCGGAAAUGAACCGCUGGAGAGGUCUGAUUGCCUUCACUUCCCAGGCUUUCCAGCAGAUCGGUGGUCUGAACCUGGUUACCUACUACGCGACCACGGUUUUCGAAGACUCGCUCGGCUUUGACCCUGAGCUCUCCCGCCUUAUGACCGGCUGCCUGGGUACCGAGUUCUUCAUUGCGGCGCUCGUCGCCCUGUUCGUCGUCGACCGUCUCGGCCGUCGCAAGCUGAUGCUUGGCGGUGCCGUCGGCAUGGCCGUCUCGCUGCUCGUUAUCGGUGCCUGCUUGUCUGCCGGCACCAAGCCUCCUGCGUAUGCCGCGACUGUCUUCAUCUUCGUGUACAACUCGUUCUUCGCAGUCGGUUGGCUGGGUGUCACCUGGCUGUACCCCGCCGAAAUCACGCCCAUCCGUAUCCGUGCCGAAGCCAACGGUCUGUCGACGUCCGCCAACUGGAUCUUCAACUACGCGGUCGUGCAGCUGGCGCCGAUUAUGAUCAACAAGAUUGCUUGGGAGACUUACUUUGUCUUCAUGUGCUUUAACUGGGCUUUCAUCCCGGUUGUGUACUGGACCUUCGUCGAGACCAACGGCCACCCUCUUGAAAAGAUGGAUGCCAUCUUCGCCGAGGCGUACGAGAAGGGCGAGAACCCCGUCAGCACCGAACGCCGUGUGCGCAAGGGCGAGGUUCUCGACAUCGAGAAGACGAUGGAGGAGGCCGAGCGCGUUGCCGAAGCCCGCGGCGAGGCGCAGCCGCACUCGGACUCGGACGAGGACAAGUACGGCGCAACGCGGAAGGAGCAGGAAGGUUAA